UUGAAUUAUUGUCGAAUUGACGCUUUGAGGGAAGUUGAGCUGGACUUAGGGUAUACACAACAUUCAAUAACACAAUGUAUAUUCUCUAUAAAUAACAAUUCAAAAUAGAUGUGUGCGGCUAUGACAAACAUACUAGUAAAGAAGGGAGUGUGUCAAUUGCUCGCCUUGAACAAGUUCAGCAUACAGCAAUGGCUGAAGUGCAUCGAUACGAUUGUCUUUGAUGCUGAUGGCGUGCUCUGGCAUCGCGAGGAUGUAAUCGAAGGAACUCCGGAGACAUUUAAUGCGCUGCGUGCAAUGGGCAAACAAGUAUUCAUCUGCACCAAUCAUUCUGCCAUGUCCGCUAAUGGACUGUGCAACAAAGCUCAGAAACGUAACAUGUACACCGACAUUCACUUUGGCUACAAUUGCGGCUUUCAAACUCUUCUCGUUGGCACUGGCGUCAAUAAUUUACAAGAUGUGGCUGCUGCUCAGAAAUCCAGCAAACCAAUGCAGUAUCAGCAGAUUCCAGAUUUAUUUGUGCCUAAGCUUUCAGACUUGCUGAAGUUUUUGCCUUCUAGAAAUGGUUAG